AAUAAUUACUUUACAUGUGAGUCAUAUCUUACUACUUACACAUUGUGAAAGGUAGAAACAACUAUAACCUAGUUCUGUGGGUCCACUUUACUACCCACUUGAUAAAUAUACAUUGAAGAUACCCUAAUAUGAGCCAACUCCACUCUGGCACUUUGCACGUCAACAAGAAAUAAGUUCAUUUUAACUUCCUUAAAAGUGACCCGAAUCUAAUCCGUGACCCUCAAUUAUAAUACCGGAUAUCUCGACCCCUCAACUAUUAAAACCGACGUAAUUUGAUUCUCUCGGCGGUUUUGGAAAACAAUUUCGCUGACGUGGCGCAUAUGUGACGGCAUUGACUUGGUAUUCCUUCUACGUGACGCUUAUGUGCCGUUGGAAUUUAAAAAGAUAUGUGUGGAACCCAUUUGUCAUUAAAAAAAAUAAAUAUAUGACCCACUUACAUGUAGAGCCCAUGUGUCAUCCUCUUGCCUUCCCUUCUUCCUCUCUCUCUUUCUUUGCCUUCCCUUCUUCCUCCUCUCUCUCUCUUUCUCUCCCCACGCCGACGUCAUGGAUCCCCGACUACCCGUCGCCGGCGCCUCCACCUCGCCACCGCCAACGCCCUCCCGGCGUCGUCCUCCCCGAACGACCGUGCGCACGUCUCGUGACCGGUGUCGAGGGGAGCGGCCAGGCAUAGAGGCAUGGAGCUGGUCGUGCUCGUGCGCACGAUGCGAACGGAUGCGGUGGUGGAUGCCGACCACCGCCACUGCCGCCGCGUUGGAUGAGGGGUUCGGCGGCCCCGCGGCGGAGAAACUGGCCACCGAGCUGCUCUGGCUCGGGCGGAAGAUGGCCGAGUGCGGCGCCGCCCGUUCGGCCGCCGCGUCGCGUCUCGUCGCCGAGUGCUCUCGGUCGGCGGCGGAUCUCUCCACGGUGCUCCUCCUGCCGCUUCCCGUGGCGGAGGCGCGGGCCCUGACAGUGCUCUGAAGGACAAGGGUCAAACUACGCGGUGCCGGUGGAGGUGACGACGGGGUCCGUCCCCUCGGCGGUGUGGUGUGGAGAGGCCGGCGGCGCCGUGAAUCCGGGUGAGACCUGUCGCCUGAGCUGAGGGUAAGCUCGGUGUGUUGUCGGGGGCGAUGAGGAUCAUGGUGCGCACGCUGCGCGGGGACUGGGUGGCGCUCGACGUGGACGGCGCCACGACGACGGUGGCGCAGGUCAAGGGCAUGGUCAUGGCCCGGGAGCGCAUCGCGGUGGCCAUGCAGCGGCUGUUCUUCGCUGGCCGGUGCCUCGACGACGACCACAGCACGCUCGCGGACUACGGCGUUCGGCACGACUCCGUCGUCUUCCUCAGCCUCCGCCUCGCCACCGACGCCUAUCACAGGAAGGAGAUGUGGUUGAUGCAGCCGGAGACAACGACGACGAAGAAAGAAAUGCAUCAGCAGCAGUUGUUGCAUGUCCAUGUUGCCGCAGCCGACGAGGAGAAGGCAAGAUCCUGUCACGGCUGCGGGUUGACGCGUGGACGAGCCAGCACGACGCCGGGAGGGCGCCGGCAGUGGCGAGAUGGCCGACGGGGACUCAUGACGCCGGCGUGGGGGAGAGAAAGAGAGAAGGAAGAGAGAGGGAGGAGACGUGUGGGUCCCACAUGCAUGUUUUUAAUUUUAAUGCCACCUAAGCGCCAAUCAACGGUAGACAAGGUCACCACUGCCAUGUAGGCGUCACAUCAGUGAAACCGUCCUCAAAAACCACCAAGAAAGUUAAAUUGCACCAGUUUUAAGAGUUUAGGGAUCGAGAUAUCUAGUUUAGUGGUUUAGGGUCACGGAUUAGAUUUCGAUCACUUUUGAGGGUCACAAAGUAAACUUAUUCCCGUCAACAACAAUGUUAGGGAACCGCCAGCCCACGAAGGCCCGGCCUAAUUACUCACUAAUUGGACCCAUCACUAAGAGCAUCUCCAACAGCUUCUCUAUCCCACUCUCUAAGUCAAAUUUUAGCAAUUUUGCAAAAAAAAAAUCCACUCCUAACAGAAUGGCUAUCCCACUAGCCAAAAUAUAGCAAUGGUCAAAGAUGGGCUCAAGAUAGCCAAAUAUGGCCAGCCGUCAGCCACCCUCAGCCACUGGCCAUCCGUGGGCUCCACCAUCUUUUUCCCCUCAAUCCCCACCAUCUCUACCAUCCUCUGCUCUGCCUGUGCCCUCCCUCCCUCUGCAUACUGCGCGGCUAAAUGCCAGCAAUGUGAAAAUGAGCAUCAACAGCAACAAAUCGAACCUAAAUCAUCUCAACCGAUCCAUCCUGCACAACCGAAUCGAUUGAUGGUCAUUUCAACCAAAUCCAUGGGGGGUCUUGGAGCACUUGCAGCCUUGAUGUGUCCGGCGAUGGCGCGACCACCGGGCUCUCCAUCCGCCGCCGACGUGGCCACCAUCUCGGACUCAAUCACGUUGCAAUAGAGUACGGGGAGAGGCGGACGCCGGUGCGGUCGGCCCUGGCCUCCGCCGCCGUAUUCGCCGCCGUCAGCCACCAACACCAGCGUGGGAGGGAGGGCAUGGCGGCGGGGCAGCGGCCAGCCUGCCUUGCAACCGCACAGAUUUGUCAUCGCCAUCCGUCGUCGCUGCUCGUCGUCCCAAUCCGUCGUCGCCGCCAGCCGUCGCCAUCCAUAGUCACCGCCACGCUGAUCUGUCGUCGCCGUCCGUCGUCGUUGCCAUCCGUCGUCGUUGCCCGUUGUCGCCGCCAUCCGUCGCCAUCCUUAGUCGCCGCCGCACGGAUUUGUCAUCGCCGUCCGCCGUCGCUGCCCGUCGUCGUCGCCCACCGUCGCCGCCAGCCGUUGCCAUCUUUAGUCGCCGUCCGCCGUCAUCGCCAUCCGUCUUCGCCGCCCGCCAUCGCCAUCCAUCGUCGCCGCGAUAGAGAGAGAGGGCCAAGGAGGAGUCGGGGAUGCCCAGCAGAAGAGGAAGAGGGGUAAGAAAGAAGGGGAAGAAGUUGGGAUAUGUAGAGACUGACACGUAGGGUCCAAAUGUCAUAGACCUAAAAUAGAGAGGAUAGAUGGAGAGUCUAUUGAAGUGAGCAACGAGAUUAACUUGCUAAAUCAAUUGGAGAGUUGGCUAUAUAAGUGUUUGGAGAGUCUAAUUUGGGUAAUCUGUUGGAGAUGCUCUAAAUAUGGAAAGUGGGCAAGGCAUUGCCCCAUAAAUAGAGAGGGUUGGAGGAGAUAAUUUGUACACGUAAUGGAUGAAUGAACGAGAAGAGCUACACCCCCA